AUGUCAAAAUCAGCAGCCAAACCGUCUAAUAACGAUAAGAAGCGUAAAUCAAACGAAAUUGAUGAUAUUUUCUCUGGUGCUAGUACAAGUACAUCUAGUAAAGAUAAAACAUCAACUGAGAAGACAACUUCAUCUAAGAAGAAAGCAAAGAAGGUGAAGAAGAAUGCAGAAAGUAACGACAAGGAGGAGAAGAAUGAUAAAAGCGAACCAUCAGCUGCUCCUAUUACAGUCGUAGAUACCACCUCAUCUAAACCUGAAAAGCCAGAAAAGGUUGAGAAGAAGAAAGAGAAGAAGCAGAAAGCAAAUGAGGAGGAUGACUUUGCAGAUUCUAGGGGUACAAGCGGGCGAAAGAAGACUGAGGAUGGAUAUUCAGUAUACACGUUUGACGAGCUUAAGAUGAAUGAUGAUAUUGGAGGUGACACACCUUUAUGUCCAUUCGAUUGCGAUUGCUGCUUUUAA